GGCACAGAGAAACAGGUUUUGGCCAGGAGCUGAGCUCGGAGACUUCUGGGAAAUGGAGUCCGGUGGGGCGGGGAGAUCUGUACGCAUGACCGGAAGUGGUGCUAUUGGAGCGCGUCCUCUUUGGCUGGCGCGGGAGCUGGGCCUGGUGUUUGGUAGUGUCCGCGGCGGCGGUUUCUCAACUCGAGCUGGCAGCCUGUAGCGUUCUGGAGUAGCCGGCAGGGGGUUUUUCCAUGCGGCGUUCUGCUUGAGACCGGGCUGGUGGUUGCUCCACGGACUCCUGAGCCGCGAGGCCUGGCUGCCUCUGGGCAGACUGCAGAGACCUGGCUGGACGGGCCCGACCCGAGCUCCCAGGGCCCAGCAUCGCAGGCUCAGACCCGGCCUCUGAGGGGAGAGGCCGGAGAGAAGAGUCCAAGCCGGGAGCAGUCAGAGCAGGCCUGCAGAGCGCGGCUGGGGCUCAGAGAACUGCUGGGAGGUGGUGGCACGAGGUGGGACCCAAAUGCCGGAGGAAGGAGAGCUGCCUUCUGCAGACACUGCCCUUCCCCGAGACAAAAGCACAGGAGAUGAAAGAAUGGCAGCUGGUCUCCUCACAGUUGGGGCCCACGGGUCCAUGCCCUUCAGCAAUGUGACUGUAGCUUUUACCCAGGAUGGGUGGAGGCACUUGAUCCCUGCUCCGAGGGGGACUCCAAGGUUCAAGGAGGGGAUACCAGAAAAUGCCAGGAAUCUGGUCCUGCUGGGACUUCCAGUUUCCCAGCCCAGCAUGAACUCCCAGUUGGAACAAAGGGAAGAAGGCCCAUGGAUGCUGGAGGGAGGAGGCCUAAGGAGUACCUGUCCUGACUGGAAGAUUAUGUCUGAAUCACCACCCGAGCAUGACAUUUCUGAAGAUCCAUUCCAAGACACAAGUAUAGAGCUGCCCCCUGGGGAGUCUGCUCACGGGAACACUGAACUGGGGAAGAGCUUCAACCUGAGGCCAGUCCUUUCUCCACAGCAGGGACUUCCUACAGAAGUGAGACCCCGGAAAUGGGAAACACACCCACAGAGCUUCAGGAAGGAUUCCCCUAUUAUGAAGCCCCACAGAGCAAGACCCUAUACAUGUGGCGAGUGUGGCAAAGGCUUCAGUUACUGUUCUUCGCUUUCUCAGCACCAGAAGACUCACACCGGGGAGAAGCCCUACGAGUGCAGUGAGUGUGCGAAGGCUUUCAGCCAGAGCUCGUCUCUUAUUCAGCACCAGAGGAUUCACACCGGAGAGAAACCCUACAAAUGCAGCGAGUGUGGAAGAGCCUUCAGCCAGAACGCAAACCUCACAAAGCACCAGCGAACUCACACCGGAGAAAAGCCCUACAAAUGUAGCGAGUGUGAGAAAGCCUUCAGUGACUGCUCAGCUCUUGCUCAGCACCAGAGGAUUCACACCGGGGAGAAGCCCUAUGAAUGCAGCGACUGUGGGAAGGCCUUCCGGCACAGUGCGAAUCUCACAAACCACCAGAGGACCCACACGGGGGAGAAGCCGUACAAGUGCAGCGAGUGUGCGAAGGCCUUCAGUUACUGUGCCGCCUUUAUUCAGCAUCAGAGAAUCCACACCGGGGAGAAACCCUAUAAGUGUGCUGCAUGUGGAAAGGCCUUCAGCCAGAGCGCAAACCUCACAAACCAUCAGAGGACUCACACGGGGGAGAAACCCUACAAGUGCAGCGAGUGUGGGAAGGCCUUCAGCCAAAGUACAAAUCUCAUAAUCCACCAGAAGACCCACACUGGGGAGAAGCCAUAUAAAUGUAAUGAAUGUGGGAAAUUUUUCAGUGAGAGCUCAGCCCUUAUUCGACAUCAUAUAAUUCACACAGGAGAAAAGCCCUAUGAGUGCAAUGAGUGUGGGAAGGCGUUUAACCAGAGCUCGUCCCUUAGUCAGCAUCAGAGGAUUCACACUGGCGUGAAGCCCUAUGAAUGUAGGGAGUGUGGGAAGGCCUUCCGGUGUAGCUCCGCUUUCAUCAGACACCAGAGACUCCAUGCUGGAGAGUAACCAGAGAUAGGACCAAAGUGGGUGGGGACCUGGCAGGAAAUGCAGGUAGUUUGAAAACAUCUGGAGACGUCGGGAGUUUUAGUCUGUAGCUCAGAGCCACACCAAAAGCACCUUUAAUAAAUAGCCCCGAUUUUACAUGUUGCAGGUGGAAAGUCUCAGGAGCGCUCUUCUUACUCAACUCUUCAAGCAUCAAGAACCCAACUCAAAUCAUACUGGAGAUUUACCUCCAUUUAGUGAGCCAAACUGCAUUUUGGAAACCAUUAGGAGUAAGUGACCAAUGAGUGAAGAACUUCAUUCUUUCUUAAAGGCCAGGUAUUUCAGGGAUGGUUCUUGAAUGAGGGCUAUUAAAAGAACCAACACUGGACAGGAAUGAACAGUUUCUCCAUAAUAGGGGAGUAACUCAAGUUGAGGAAAGGUUCUUCAUGUUGUAAUCUCAUCAGGGGUGGGGGAGGGAUACCCACUCUUUAAAGCUCUAUAUAGGAAAAUCUAGACAUUGCCAGGCCCAAUCUCUACUUGAGAUCUUCAAGUGUUUGCUGCUGCUGUAAAGAAAACACCCAGAAGGUAAGAACAGGCUGAGGGUUAUCUAGAGGAAGCCAGUGAAAUGCCUCAGCAUGGUAUACCCCUCUGUGGAGCCACUAGGACAACCUGAGACCUACCAUCUUUCCCUGGCUCAUGGGCCAGUGGGGCCUUCAUUUCCCUUCCUGGAGAAGUUUCCUUUACAGCAAGAUUUUCAUUAUUGGCCCCCUUUCUCCCUUGCCGCGUCCUGGGUCUUGCCUUUUGAUAUGCCAUCCUCAUACCCAGCCUGCAUGACUUCAUCUCCGAAAUAAACCCAUGUGGUUUGGGUUUAGGGUUUAGGUAGCCAUUUGACUUGAGUCAUAUUCCGCUAUCAUCACCCAAGGCCUCUAGCUCUGGUUUCCUGGUCACUUGGCAGAGGUCCUGGAAGGCUUAUCCUUCCCUCAUUGAUCUGAAUUCUCAGGUAAUCCUUCCCACUACAGUUCUCCAACCCUGCUUAUGGGUGAGGGGAGAAAAUUAAAACCCACCUACUUUAAAGGCCUAUUGACAAGUUUAAGACAAUACAAUUAAUGCUAAGAACAUUAAGUUCUUGGGUAAAUUACUCCUAAGCCCUUCCCUUUAGGCUGGUACCCAGAAGCCCCUCUAAGCUACUCAGGUGUAGCUCACCCCAGUACCCAGGUAUUUUGGUUCAUCCUUCUAUUUACCACACACUUAAAAGUAGGAGUCAUGAGCUCGAGUCAAAAGGAACAUAACUAAUGAAAAAGAGCAAGACUCGGAAAGACAAAAACAUGCCAUUAGAAAAUGGCCCUCAGGGACUCAAGACAGGUCAGGUUCCCUUUUUUCACAUCAGUGCCCCUGAAGCCUGGCUGUACACUGGAACUGAUAGUGAGGGCUUGCUUGCAUUAAGGGCUAUGGGCCCUUAACCCAACUCAAGAUUGAAACUGGUCUGGGAUAGGUUCCUUGCCAUGAUGAAUCAUGCUGAGGUACGAGUUUUCUUUUUGGCAAAGAAUUUUAUUCUUACGAAGAGUUCCACGUAUAUGCAGCCUACAGAAGGCCA